CUUAAUCGUCGGUAUUUUCGAUACUGUUCUCUUGUAGGAUCCUAUUUGCGUUCUGCCAAGUUAACUAUGGCUUCUUGAUCUCUGUGUCCUUUGAGCGUUGCCGAAACUCUCCUUCGAGCUCUUUAUUGAAUGACGUCCACUGCACUGGAUCCCUCGCAGAUGGCUCCAUCACUCUCAUUGACCACAAUGGCUUCUCGAGCCCACGGAUGUCAAUGAUCAUGCGCGCCUCUCUGCUUCACGCGGACCACCACUGUCAUCUGCACCUGCCUCGCGCCCAUGACAGCUAGCUCAGCUGACUAAGAAACCUCCGAACGCUGUGACUCGCUCACACGCUUUAGGUAUCUACCUCGCGGGAAGCUCGCCUGGACGUCUUACAACAACCCAGAGCUUCUCGUUUACAGUCUCCUACCAUCAUUCCUACCUCCAAGCUUCUAAUAUGUCGUUGUUCAACUCUGUUCUCGGCUCCAUCUCGCCCAGGUUUCGAGAUUCCUUCGAAGAUCCGCACGCGCACGAACAUGAACUGCCUCUGUACCGAUCCCCGGCGUCGUCCCCGCGGAUACCUCCUCCGGUAGCCUCUACUGUACUAUGGAAUACUCCUUCGACGACCUUGUCCCCGCCUGCUCGCGUCCCCGACGACCUUCUCGCUCUACAACGAAGGGCGCGACAUCUCGAGCAGCAGCUUCAAGAGCUGCUGGAUGCGCAGGCAGACGGUUUGAUGAGCGGCCUGGCGGGCAAUGAUCCGGCUGCAGAUGAUUUAGUCUCCAAUGGCAGCACUACACCGACUGUGAGCAGCAUUCGCGGGACCGACAGAAGCGCGGAGAACGAUGAUUAUACCCACGGCCUGAGGACGAAGAAGAAGGUUGGACUCAAUGCCGCCAGGAGAGGCAUUUUCCGGCGCAUACAGCAGCUGGCUAGCGUCAAGGCUGAGGAACUGGACCUGCUGGACGAGGACUUAAAAGAUCUACAAAACAUCGUGCAGAAGACGGACGCUUGGAGCCAGAAACGCUCGCGCUUGGAGAAGAAGAUCAAAGACAUUGAGGGUGAAAACGGCGGCACAAGAGCGCAGUCAUUGCAGACUGAAGCAUCGAAGCUGGAGCAGGAGAUACGUCAGAAGGAAGAAGAGCUAUGGGCGCUCAAGGCACGGCACCGCCGCGUCCUGAACGAGCUUGCUGAUACGGAGAACUCUGUCGAAGCCAAGCUCUCCACGUACAAGGCCUCUCUGUCGAUCUUAGACAAGGAGGUCGCACACUUUCUUGUGCGUCCUCCAGACGCGAACCAUGUCCCGCUCUCACCCUCGCCUUUCCUGCAGCUUCCAGCGAAACGCCGCACACUUGAGAUGGCGCAUGACUACUGGCAUGACGAGCAAACGAGACUACGGGAGAAGUGCGAGGAAGUCGACUUCGAUCGCGCGGCUCUUGACGAAGGCGCUGUGCUGUGGAAUAACGUGGUGAAAAAGGUGGUGGACUUCGAGGCCAGUCUGCAGAACCACAUGCAGCAGGCUGGCCGGAGCAAUAGCCCAGAUCCUUCUAGGCUGCUCGAGAAGAUGGAUGCCACAGUGUCAUACCUUGAAGACAGCCUGGAGUUGGCGAGCUCAAGGAGCUGGAACUUGCUCGUCUGCGCCAUCGGAGCGGAGUUGGAGGCCUUCAAGCAGGGCAAGGAAAUGCUUGAGGAAGCUCUCGGUUCGAAGAGAAAGGGGAAGGAGAAGGUGACGGAUAAGUUGGUGGAUACUGAGAGUACGCACGCGGAGAGCGAGGAGGACGAAGUGUCGCGGUCUACGAUCAGAAUCGGUCGCUCGUCGCCACCGAAGCCGUCUGUGUCUCCGCCUAAGCCGAAGUUCUUCGAUACGGAUGAUGAGGAUCCAGAUCCUGAGCUUAUGAUAUCCCACCAGGACACUGAUACGGACUAGAAACGUCCGGGCGAUUGCCUUAGGCUAUAUCAUUAGAGAAUUGGAUACCCUUGCAUCUUGCAUAUUAUGGCCUUCAUCAUCUCCCUCCCUUGGAGACGUGAACCCAUACUGGAAUCUAGCAAAUAC